UUAAAAAAAUUUUUAAUUUGUUUUAAUAAAUGACGCGUUACAUAUAGAGAUGAGCUUCAAUUAUAUUGGUUUAAAUUUUGAAAGCAUGUUUAAUUUUCGAAAUUAUAUAUAAUAUACGCGAAAGAUGAUUUUUUUUUACAAAGAUCAAAUGGCGCAUGUUCGCGCUUUGAAUCGGCCGAGCGAUCCCGAAUAUUACCGAACAACUCGACAAUGUUCGCGGAGCGGGAAGGAGUGCGCGGAGAGUGGUGAGGAAAGGCGGAAUUACACGGAGAUGCGCGAGUGUCGCAUACGGAAUGAAAACGGAGCUCGAAGCGAGUCGGCCGGAGUUCGUGACGGAGUGGAGCCGCGGUCGGCCACGCGAAGCGAUUGUGAGUGAACGUGUGUCGCGCGCGUCACGUUCCCCGCGCUUUUCGUCCGUUAGAACGCACUCUUCUCUUUCUCCCGUCUUUUCUUUCCUCGCCGCUUCGCUCGUUGCCUCGUGUAGAAUAUCGCAGCGAUACAGUUCGCCCGCGCCGUUACGAGCGCAUAUCGUGAAUCGUGCAUACGCCAGGCUAGCACGCGCGUUACGCGUGAGUGUUCCGCGAGUGUUGAUCGCGUUACACGCAUCUCGUUCGCAUCCGUCACGUGGAUUAUCGCCGGCGCUGAGGGACCCUCUCGAUCCUACACGAAUCCCACAUAUAAUCGAAGAAAUGGAGAAAGACGCAUCGUGGCUAUAAGAUAUGUUGAAGAUUUGCCAAGAUAUUUUUCCGCGGAGAUAUUUUUCACCCGCAUUCUUCGUGGCUCUACGCAUCGCGAUGCAAUCGUGAUGCAAUCGUGAUGCAAUCGUGAUGCAAUCCGAAAAAGUCGGCAAGAUCUUGGCGAAAGAAGAGCGCAACGUGUCUUAUGAUGAAAGACUGAUAAGAUGAUAGGACGUCUUCUCUUACGAAUAGUCGACGCGAUGUCGCGCGCGUGCCGCUGAAAAUCGAAGAUCGCGCUUCUUCGAUUUCGGGGCGAUGUUCAGGAACGAGUAUUUAAGCAGGACACGGAAUUACGCGAGAGCUGGUAAGAAAAGGAUCGUGGUAUAGUCUUACGGGCUAUUAUGACGGACUACUUGGAUCCACAUUUCGUUCGGGCUCUCUGCCGUGAUCCAGAAAGGCGAACCCUCCAAGACCUGCAGGUCAUAUACUAUGGGCUACUGGGUCUGGAGGCACUGCGUCCGUGCAGAGACUCCGUUCUCCGCGGACUAUGUAAGAUCGUACGUUACGAGAGACAUCAUGCCAACCAUGUCCUCUAUUACACCGGCGAGUUGGCUACAAGUUGGUAUAUACUUCUAUCCGGCUCCGUGUUCAUCGAUGGGUCCAUGUUUCUUCCCCGUUCAAGAGACUGUUUAAGCGGAAGGCACACGCUCGUGCACGACGGGCGCUCUUCUUCUACUAAUGCGCAAUGCCGCUCGCGGAAAAAAAAGAGAAUGUGGAGCGCUUAUUAUCCGCGGCCAUCACACGCUCGGCUGCCGCUUGGUGGAACGGGACGCUCUUUCGCGUUGCAUGCGUCCGAUGUGCAUAGACGAGCGACCGACGACACAACAACAACAACAACAACAACAACAACAACAAUCAACAACGACGACGGCGACGACGGCGAGACGCGGCCGACUGCGCGCGCGAGUACUAUCAUAAAAGAGGCGCGCGCAGUACCCGAUUCCAACAACAAAUUAAUCUCUCUAUGACCAUUUUAAUGCGUCGUUUCCUCGUUUCCUCGUUCCCUCUCGAACCCCUUGCCUCCUCUCGAUGAUAGAGACACGCGGACACGACAUCGUUCUAGCGCAUCCACGCGGAGUGUAGAGUUCGCGGCGUAUUUCCGACAGGAGGAAAUUCUGGGCGACGUCUACGCAUACGUAUGCGUUAAUAUGCGUGUGCAUUUCCAUCUUGACUAGAGGUAAGAGAGAGGAGGGAGAUACGUUUCGCGAUGUAAAUGGGGACCCUUACUCCGGCGUCCCAUGGAUUGCCUCGACGUUCCCCCUCUCCGUGUUCAGUUUGCAUGUAAAAAUCUGUUGGCGAACGUGAGGCGUGGUUACGUGGGAGAACCUUCUCCUCUCGUUCCCUUCGGGAACGUUUC